AUGCGCGAGCGAAUCAGCUUUGUCCAGAAGUUGGGCGACUCGCUAGAGCCGUCGGCGUUGACGGUCAAUGAUGGCGUAAUCAAAGGUCCUGAGGUGCACGCUGUCCGCGAGGACAGGCUGACCAUUGCUGCCAAUGAACUUCCCUCCGAAUUACGGACACUAGUCACGGGUGCUCAAGAUCUCCAUAUUCGAUGGGUCAGCACCGCGGCCUACGAAACAGUUAGCCCGCUCCUCGCAAGGCUGCCUCCUGGCUUCCAUCUCUUUUUCACGCCGGGGAGGAAUCAUGCUGUAACGAAGGGGUUAUGCUCGAUACUAGGCAACAUAUUUGGAGAUAUAUCCUGCACCACUCCUGAUGAAUCUUUCACAGUCGUCGGUGAAGAGCGCUUUCAAUACUUCCAGGAGCUGGACAGCUUAUCCCACUUCAUCCAAUAUGCCAAGGGCCAGCUAUGCGGCGCGACCGAUGCGUCCUGCUCAGCCAGGCUAGACACCCUCUCGACAGCCGGCACACUCGACAUGUCGUACGACAUCGGUGAGAGGGUUUUGCGGGUUACCGCCCUCUGGCCUUACCAGCGCCAGCAGGUGCACGCCACAUCCCGCCCGAACACCCGCACCGAAGUCGGCAUUCUCUCUACGGACAAGCCGAAGACGCUCGAAGCACACGAAAUCGGCAUCUCGGGUCUCCUUACCGUCCUCGGCCAAGACUCGAAGCCCUCGCCAACCAUGUUCUCCUUUGGCUCGCGCCACCGCGACGCCGAGUCGGCCUUCUCAGCCCGGUUCCUCGCCCCGACAGGGCUGCACCCGACCCUCCAGCUGCGGCUCACCGCCGACGGCCCACCCCCGUCCUCCUCGGACGACGAAGACGCCACCACCACCUGCACGCCCUACGCUUACCUCACGCUCCCACGCACCAUCUUCGCGGACAAGUACCAGCUCUCGGACCCGCUGUUCCUGGCGUCCAAGAACCUCACGGCCCUGCGCCACACCACGCAGCCCGUCGACCUCGAGGCGCCAGCGUAUGUCAUGACCCAGUGGGGCUCGUCCGUCCUCCUCGAGCUGUCGCCGCCGCCGGCGCAGGAGCGGAGAAAGGGAGGAGGAGGAGAAUGGACGGCAUCCAUCCCCCUCCACCUGCGGUACCUCGCGCCCGCGCCCGGCGGCUACUCGACCAUCGCCGUGCCGUACCCGGGCCGUGUUCUGGGCGUGCGAGCCCGCGCAGGGGGCCGUGUUCCCGCCGAACCCGUUCGAGAAGCACCACCUGGGGUACGACGCGCUGUUUGGGGGGGACACGGUGUUUUGGCACGUCGCGCCGAAGCCGGCGGCUCAGGGGGGGUUGCUGGUGAACGAGGUCAGGGUGCCGGUGCUGGACGUGGACAGGGCCGGGUGGGUGAACGCGGGGACGGCGGCAGCUGUGUUGGUUGGGUUCGCGUGGGUUGUGUGGAAGAUCGUUGGGGUCUGGGCCAGGGGGGGUAA